AUUGAUAUUAAAAAAUAUGAAUGUAAAAUGACGUUUGACAUGAUCAAGUCAUAAAGAUACAUUUAAAACGAAAUAAUUAUUCUUAGAUAGUCGAUGAAUGCGAAAAUUUUAGUUGAUUCGGUGGGUUUAUAAAUAAAAAGGUUGGGACGAAAAUUGAAAGAGAGUCCCGAAGAAAAUGAACGUGGUGAAAUAUUUUAAAAAACAGAAAAACGAACAAAUAAACGAUGUGGAAAUCCUCCAAAGAUUGGGCUAUAAAAUUGAAAAACAAAUUGGAGAGGGAACUUAUAGCCGAGUGCACAUCACCACCGUCAAAACAGAUCAUGGAGAACAAAAAGUCGCUUGUAAAAUUAUUAGUAAAAAGUGCGCAGGUGUCGAUUUUAUAAAAAGAUUUUUACCACGAGAAUUAAGGAUUAUCAGAUACAUAAAACACCCCCACAUCGUAACCGUUCACGAUAUCAUUGAAAUCAACUCAAAAAUUUACAUUUUUAUGGAUUAUUGUCGAAACGGCGAUAUGUUGGAGCAUAUUAAAAGUCACGGGCCUUUAACAGAGUCUAAAGCAAAACAUUAUUUCCGGCAAAUGGUGGCCGCUGUAAAAUAUCUUCAUGAUUUGGAGAUCGCUCAUCGUGAUUUAAAAUGUGAAAACGUCUUCAUUACGAUCAACAAUAACAUAAAACUCGGCGAUUUCGGCUUUGCUAGACGUUGCGUCGACGACUGUGGUUGCUACAAGUUCAGCGACACGUUUUGUGGAUCUGCCGCAUAUGCAGCCCCUGAAAUUCUACAGGGAAUAGCUUACGAUCCAAAAAUGUAUGAUAUGUGGUCGUUGGGUUGUAUUUUAUACAUCAUGUUGACUGCUUCGAUGCCUUUCGACGAUACCAACAUAAAGAAGAUGUUGAAAACUCAAUUAAAUCGUUCGUUAUGCAUCGCGACGUUUCGACAUUGGAGGAAAAGUUGUCAUUAUCUCAAACAUUUAUUAGCAUAUCUUUUAGAACCAAAUCCGCUCCAAAGAGCUACAAUAGAUCAAGUUUCAGAAUCUCUUUGGUUGAGAGAAAGCGAAAAAAGCUCCUUGUCUUCAUCUACGUCUGACACAAAGUUGUUUUAAGGACGAGUUGAAAUAAAAAAAGGAGUUUUGUAAAUAAAGGCAUUACUUAGUA